AUGUCUCAGACAUCUACAACUAUUCAAGUACCAGCACAACUUUCACGUGAUGAAACACGAGUAUUAGAAGAAUGUAAACAUGAAUCACUUAUGUAUCGUAGUAUACCAUUAGGUCUUGGUGCAUAUUUUGGAUUACAAUAUUCAAUGUCAAAAAAUAUUAUUUCAACAAGAGGAAAAUGGUUUAAAAUUGCUGGUGUUUUAAUUGCUGGAUAUAUUAUUGGAAAAAUAUCUUAUACAUCAACAUGUCGAAAGAAAAUUUUAACACAAAUUCCUAAUAGUAGUUUAGCACAAUUAAUUCGUGGUGUUGAAGCACAUCAAAUAACUGAAAUAGAUGUUAAUCUUCAACCACAAUCAGAUAAUCAUCCAGUAUCAGCUGAUGUUAAUCAAUAUGGUGAUCCAGUUUAUAAGACAAAUAAAUAG